UCAAUCUCUCGAAAUCUCUAUCCAUACAUCCACAUAUACAAACACACACGCGCAGAGCAUUAAUUUUAUGUGUUUUUACUUGUUUGUGCAGGGCGAUUGUAGCUGAGUUGGUGGCCUGAUCACUCCGAAGCGUUAAUUAAUCUAAGGUAUGUCGAGCAGAAGAGAGAAGAGGCGUGAUCGUGACUCAGAACGCGAGGACAACAUAUAUCGAUACUAUAGGGAUCUGAAAGAUGGACGAGAUAGAGUUAAAGUUUCAGAUCAAAUUUAUGAAUGUCCUUAUUGUCGCGAAUACGAGAAAAAGGAAUAUACCUAUCUGCAAAUUCUUAAUCAUGCCUCUCGCGUUGGUACAAAAUCGAAGACUGCGAGCUCAAGAAGCAGGGAAAGACAUUUGGGGUUGGAAAUGUACUUGAAGAGAUGCUUUGAUAAAACAGAUAAAACUCUGCGAUCAAGGACAGACCCGUAUGAAAAUGAUAAUGAUCACAAACAGUUUGCCCUCCCUUCUUUACCCACUGACUCUGUGGAUAAUAACACUGUUGUUGCACACAGGGCAGAGCGUUACAAAAAUGAUAAUGGUCAGAAACAGAUUAUGGUCUCUUCUGUACGUACCGAAUCUAUGGGUUAUAGCUUUGUUGCAAGUAGGGAGUCAAAAGAAUCUGCUGGUAGACCUAUUAAACACGAUUUACCAUCCCAUACCCAUAAAAGAAGGGCUGAAAAUAUGAAACCUGAAGCUAGCGAAGAGCUAAUAGUUUAUCCAUGGAUGGUCAUUAUUGCCAACAUACCUGUCGAGUUGAAGGAUGGACGAUAUGUGGGAGACAGUGGUCGAAAACUGAAGGAUGAGUGGACAUUGCAGGGGUAUCAACCAAUUAAGGUUCAUCCUUUGUGGAACUACAAGGGUCACACAGGCUUUGCUAUAGUUGAAUUCAACAAAGAUUGGACUGGAUUUGAUAAUGCAAUGACAUUUGCAAAGAAGUUUGAGAUGGAUUGUCAUGGAAAGAAAGACUGGCAAAGGGCAAGAGAGAAAGGAGAGCAGAAGCUAUAUGCUUGGAUUGCAAGAGAGGAGGAAUAUCAUAGAAAGGAUAAAAUGGGUGAAUAUUUGAGAAAGAAUGCAGAUCUAAAAACUAUUUCAGAAAUUGAAAAAGAAGACAAGAUAAAAGAGGCAAGACUGAUGUGCAACUUAACUAAUUCACUAGAUAUGAAGGAGAAACAAUGUGAAGAGAUAAAGAAAAAUAUAAGCAAAACUGAAGCUAGCUUCUCGAAUGUGAUGAGGCAGAAGGAAGAUAUGAUUAAAGCUUAUAAUGAAGAACAAGAGAUGAGCCGGAAACAGCAAUGUAAGGAGAUUGAGAUCAUCUAUCGUGAACAUGAACGAACCAAGUUAAUGUUGGAAGCCAAGAGAGAAGAGCUAAGGUUGUAUGAGAUGGGUUUAAGAGCACGUGAAUACCUAAAUGAAUCUGAGAGGAGGAGGUUGGACCAUCUGAAGGAAAAGAAGGAGAAGAAUGAGAAAGCAAUCAUGGUUCAAAAGAAGGCUGAAGAAAGCAUGAUGAAGUUGGCAGAAUCUCAUAGAAAAGAGAAGCACCAACUUUACCAACGAAUAAUUGAGCUGCAGAAGAAACUCGAUGACAAGCAGCAGUUAGAAUUAGAUAUAGAACAACUGAGGGGAGCUGUGGAAGUCAUGAGACCUAUAAGUGAUGGUGGGGAUGCAGAAGCGCAGAAAAAGAUGGAGUCCUUGGAAGAAAAUCUGAAAGAGAAGGAGGAAGAUCUUGAGAGUCUUGAAGAAUUAAAUCAAGCUCUCAUUGUGAAGGAGAAGAAAGCCAGUGAUGAACUGCAAGAUGCUCGGAAAGAGUUAAUCAGUGGUUUGAAGGACAGGCCUAUCUCGACGGCCUCAGUUGGUGUCAAAAGACUGGGAGACCUCGAUCACAAGCCAUUUGUGUCUGCUGCCAAGAUGAAAUAUCCUGCUGCUGAAGCUGAAGAGAAAGCAGGGGAAUUCAUUUCUCUGAUGGACUCCAAAAUUCGGGAGGGAGUUAUCAAUGAAGAAGAUGAUGGCAUCAAAGCAAUAAAGAAUGAGUGGGGUGAUGAAGUGUACAAAUCAGUGGUGACGGCAUUAAGAGAGUUGAAUGAGUACAACCCAGCUGGAAGAUGCCCUGUUCCCGAGUUGUGGAAUUUCAAAGCAGGAAGGAGGGCUACUUUAAGUGAGAGUGUAGAAUUCAUCCUAAGACUUUGGAAGACAAACAAGAGGAAGAGAACCUGAAGUACUGUACUCAGAUGAUUGGCACUCGGCUUCUUCUUAUUUUACCUGAUUUACCGUUGAGAGUACAGAAUUCAUACUAGUACUCAUCUAUUCUUUUUAAAUGAAUAUUGGUUAACGAAAUUGACGCUUAUUAUGAUACUCUUCAAAGUUUCUGGUUGGAUUUUGGUUGAUGUUUUUCUAUACACAUAAUACUCUCAGAAACCUAGUGCUGCAUUUUUUGUUUCA